AUGUCAUUUUGCGUGGUACUGCCUACUAGGCUGCUCUGGACCGGUCAGCUUCCUAGGGGUACUUCAUUAUCCCACAAAUUCCGCUAUGCUAUCCCUGCUUCACUCACGAAGAUACGGUCUGCACACCAUUGCGCAAAUUCCCAAAAGUCUGACGAACCCAUACUGUCCCUGGGAUUCUGGAGUUCAAAGCCGACUUGGAAGCGGGCUGGUGUCAACACGUUCCGAUGCCUGAUCGGCUGCAGCUUAGGUGACUUUUCUGCCAUGUGGUUCCUGCAGUCAUGCUAUCCUGGCAUCGGAACCGGUCUCAUCAUGGGAAUAGCAAUGGCCUCGGGACUGACAUCGUCCAUGCUCCUGGAGACUGUGCUACUGCGAUUGGGCCGCGACCAGCUGUCAUGGAAAGCUGCAGCCAAAACGGCAGCGGGCAUGAGCCUUGUGUCGAUGCUCGGGAUGGAGACCGUGCAGAACCUGGUGGACUACCACUUGACCAGUGGCGUGGUUGCGUUUGACGACCCAUCUUUCUGGCUGGCUGCAGCUGCAUCUGCCGGCGCCGGGUUCCUCGCACCCCUCCCCUACAAUUACACUCGACUGCGGAAGUACGGGAAGGCGUGUCAUUGA